GUGCAGGUUAAACGGGAUAUCUUUGUAAGCAUCCCUCACACUGCCCAGCAUGCCGCAGGUGGAUGCUCAGUAUGUGGGCACUCCUAUCAUUUCCCGUGAGGGACUGGGUGACCGUGCAGGUCUCUGAUGCCCUCUGCGCGCAGGGCCCUACAACCUGCCAGCCAGCCGCCACAUCACAUGAGCCAUCCUAUCUUUAGCCAGGGAUAUAUUUAUAGCCCGGGGAAGUGUUUUGCCGCUGCUCCGGGGGUGGGGAGCCCCAGAGUCCGUGGCCGCUGAACCCAGGUCCCCCCCAGCGGCGGCUCCCCGCCCUCCGGCUCGCCAUGCUUCCAAGCCCGCAGGUCCCGGUGCAGGUGUGGGUGGACGGCCAGCUCUUCCAGGCCGACCGGGCCCUGCUGGUGGAGCACUGCGGCUUCUUCCGCGGCCUCUUCCGCUCGGGCAUGCGGGAGGCGCGCGCGGCCGAGGUGCGCCUGGGCGCGCUGAGCCCCGGCGGCUUCCGCACGGCGCUGCGGGUGCUGCGCGGCGAGCGGCCGGCGCUGGAGGCGGCCGACGACCUGCUGCAGGCCGUGGAGUGCGCCGCCUUCCUGCAGGCGCCCGCGCUGGCGCGCUUCCUGGAGCACAGCCUCACGUCCGACAACUGCGCGGCGCUGUGCGACGCGGCGGCCGCCUUCGGCCUGCGGGACGUGUUCCACAGCGCCGCGCUCUUCAUCCGCGACGGUGCGCGCGAGCUGGCGGCCGAGCUGGCGCUGCCGGAGGCGCGCGCCUACGUGGCGGCGCUACGGCCCAGCAGCUACGUGGCCGUGAGCACGCACACGCCGGCGCCGGGCUUCCUGGAGGACGCGUCGCGCACCGUGUGCUACCUGGACGAGGAGGAGAACGCGUGGCGCACGCUGGCCGCGCUGCCGCUGGAGGCCAGCACGCUGCUGGCGGGCGUGGCCACGCUGGGCAACAAGCUCUACAUCGUGGGCGGCGUGCGCGGCGCCAGCAAGGAGGUGGUGGAGCUGGGCUUCUGCUACGACCCCGACGACCACGGCGGCACGUGGCGCGCGAUCCCCAGCCCGCACCAGCCGCGCUACGACACGGCGCUGGCCGGCUUCGACGGCCGCCUCUACGCCAUCGGCGGCGAGUUCCAGAGGACCGCCAUGAGCUCCGUGGAGCGCUACGACCCGGCCACGGGCUGCUGGAGCUUCGUGGCGGACCUGCCGCAGCCGGCCGCCGGCGUGCCCUGCGCCCAGGCGCGCGGGCGCCUCUUCGUGUGCCUGUGGCGGCCGGCGGACACCACGGCCGUGGUGGAGUACGCGGGGCGGGCCGACGCCUGGCUGCCGGUGGCCGACCUGCAGCGGCCGCAGAGCUACGGCCACUACAUGGUGGCCCACCGCGACAGCCUCUACGUGGUGCGCAACGGGCCGUCGGACGACUUCCUGCACUGCGCCAUCGACUGCCUCAACCUGGCCACGGGCCAGUGGACGGCGCUGCCCGGCCAGUUCGUCAACAGCAAGGGGGCGCUCUUCACGGCGGUGGUGCGCGGCGACACAGUCUACACCGUCAACCGCAUGUUCACGCUGCUCUACGCCAUCGAGGGCAGCACGUGGCGGCUGCUCAGGGAAAAGGCGGGUUUCCCGCGGCCCGGCUCGUUGCAGACCUUUCUCCUGAGGCUGCCUCCCGGUGCUCCGGGGCCUGUGGCCUUAACAACGCCCGAACUGUGACCCCUGGCUUUAGGAGGGGACGACCUCCUGAGUCUUCCCUGGGCUGUGGCUGAGUCUACGAGGCCGGCCUUAGUUGGGCAGGGAACGUCUCUCUCUCUCUCUCUGAUUGCGAGGUCUAAAUCGCAUGUCUUUUGGUGGUGUGUACAUGUCCAAGAAACUCAGGGAGCAAUGCUGGGGUGUGAGCCCUCAAAUUAUUUGAGCUUUUCUGAGAGCUGGGGGUCAGUGGAAAGGGCAGGAGAGUGGGAUUUUUAUCACCUAGGCUUGUAGGUGAAUGAUGGACCAGUAAUUGAGCAUGGCUAGGAGUGAGUUAAGUAAUGUUAAACUGCCAAUCACGAGGCAAGAAUUAGGCAAUUACUGUGGGCCCUGCAUAGUGCUUGCCCUAAUGUAAUCUGUAGUUGCCAGACAGGGGUCCACAAAGCUUAGAAUUUUGUCCAAAACAAUUCGUCUUAACAGAACAUUGACAGGACAACAAAAGGCUUAAACAUACUUGUGUCUUGGUCCACAAAGGGUUGAAGGCAACGUGCAAAAACAAACUCCUGCCCCCCACCCCCACCCCCAAUAUAUAAAAAACAAAGUACCAAGGAAAUCAGGGCAAAGGAAAAUAGGGAGAGGAAAAGUACUAACUCCAGGAAGGAGGGUACACUAACUAUGAGGAAAUAUUUGGGAUAAUUAGCUAAUGAAAGGGGAGGUUCAUAUGAGUCUGUGAACCCAGGGUUUAAGGCAGAACAGCUACCAAUGAAGGCAUUCCAGGAUGGGGCAAGGCUGGGCUGGCUUAUAGAGACAAUAACUGAACUGAACCUGGAGUGAGACCUAUGAGGAAAAAGGGGGUUCUCAUACCCCUUACGGGGUGUGGCCCUGCAGGGGAGAACCCAGUUGGAAGCCCUUGUCCACUUCCUUUUUACAAUUACCACAGGGUCAGUGGAUUAUUAACUUCCCUGAUUACAGGACACUCGGGCCAGUUCUGAUGGCCUCAUCUUAUCCUUCCCCACAUUCUGCAGGUUAAUUCUGCCUUCCAGCCUCUGCCCCUGCUGUUCUCUGGGCCUGGAAUGCCUUUCCUCUUCUUCUCUUUUUCUGUUGGCUCUGUGCUCCCUUCUUCUGUGCAGGGUUGGCUGUUGUUGACCUUAGCCGCCUACAUUGCUUAUUGGACCCCUGACUGACAUCAUUCUCUGUAUGUGUGUGUGUUUGCAUGUGCGUGUACAGCCACACAAGUAUGCAGAUAGCAAGGGUAGAGAUCCUAUUGUGCUGUCAGUUGAGCUGGGCACUUUCCUACCCACAAAAUAAUAUGAUGAGGUUCUGACAGGCUACAGAGGCCACUAGUUAGGGACCUGGUGUUGGUUGAAGACACUUGUCCCUCCUUUAGAAUACCCCACCCUGGCUCCUGGUCAGAUUCGCACUCCAGUCCUCCAUCCUUUCCAUGCCCCUGUGUGGUCCUGAAAGGUCUCCAUCCUCCAGGACCCGAGGCCCAUGGGAAAUCCUGGCCUCAUCACAAGUGGAGAAUGCAGCAUCUGCACACGGAGUCUAGCAUCAGAACUGCCCUACCUGCCUUUCCCCUGGUUUGUGUCCCAAGCCUGGGAGAAGGCAGCCCUCAGAGGCUGGGACCUUCUAGCCCUGGAGUAGCCUAAUGUGAUGAGUCAUAACAAUGAGUCCUGCCUUCUGCAUCCUGUGAAUGAUGUACCUUCCCAUCCCUCUCCUCACUGCAGCCCUACCUCAGUCUUGGAGUCGGGUGCCUUCUCCCUGUGGCAGAUGCGAUAUGUGAGUCUCAGAGGCUGAUUGGCUGGCCCACAGCCACUGGCCCAUGCCAAAGUAUGGCAGAGUCCUCAUUUUGGGGUUUUGUCAAAGCAUAACUUUUAUCCAAGACUUACUUAACUCUUUUAAGAAGGGAACCAGAGGAAUGGUAGGUUUCUCCAAGGAGCAUUUGAGAUGCAGAGAUUUGUAUAUCUAGUUGGGAAAGACAUACUGAAGUAAGUUUGCUAAGGUAAGAAAUGAAACUGGUUAAUGUCUUACAAGUCAAUAAAACCAUAAAUUGUGUGGUUC